UCGGAUGCAGGGAGCACCUCUCCAGCACUCGGUAUCAGACUUGCAUCCAGAACAGAGAUGGUUCCGGUCAAACUCCUCGUCAUGGGGUCACAGGACACCGGGAAGACAGCUUUGUGCGUGCGUUUCCUCACCGGACGAUUCAUCGGGGACUACGAUCGCAAAAAGGAGAUGACAUACAAGUGUCACAGGGUUUGCAACCAGGAAUCUGUCCAUUUGGAGAUUCUGGACCGAACUUCAAAGGAAUGUCCACAGGCUUCUGUAGAAUCCUGUAUCCGUUGGGCAGACGGGUUCCUGCUCCUUUACUCCAUCACGCAGCGCGUCAGCUUCCAGGAGGUGGAGCCAAUCAAGAAGCUCAUCGAUCACAUCAAACAAAGCCCCGCUGCGCCUACAGUGUUGAUAGCCAACAAGGCUGACUUGGAGACAGGACGGGAGGUGACGACAGAGGAAGGACAAAACCUGGCCAAGGAUUUGAGAUGCAGCUUCAAGGAGCUGUCGGUGUCAGAAACCGCCGUUGCCGUGGAAGCAGCCGUCGUCCAGCUAAUAAGUUUAGUGAUGGCCCAACAGCGCCCCCUAUUACCCGACCGGCCUUCCUACAUGGUGACCGUGCGACACGCCCUGACCAGGAAACUGAUCCGCUCCAAAACCAUGCAAUGGUGACGCAAUUCAAAUAAGUUCUCCAAUUUACCGUCGUAUUGUUAAAUCUCUUGUGUAAUAAGAAAUUAAAUAAACAUAUGUGACUAUUGUAUGUAUGUAUGUACCUAUGUUUAGAGUGUGUGUCGUGCUGUUUUGUUAAAGAAAAUAUAUAAAUAAAAGAAAAA